AUGCGCACGCCCGUCCUGUCUCGCCCGCGCCUGCCACUCAUACACCAGUCUCCGCCCACACUCUUCACCUGGGCCCGCCCACCCUUGGAGCAAUUUCUUGGCAGAGAUUUUCCCCUCAGCUCCCGCCUAAAGCGCCGAGGUGACGCCCCUCGGGGCAGGUCCGGGCGGCGCACCGGGCGCUUUCAAGUCCCCGGUCCCAGACCUGCAAGUGCGGGCCUGCGCCCGGCGCGGCGGCAGGAACCUCUGUCCUCCUGUGCAGACUCGCCGAGCCCUGAACCGGGCCGGGCUGUCCUCAUCCCGCGGGUUCCCCGGCCCGCCUUAGCUGCUCCCAGAGUUGGGCACCAAAGGCGCCGCUACCUCCCCCGAGGCCUCCCAGCUCCGUCCCUCUCCACCCACACCACCCAGCGCCGCAGCAAGAAUAAUCAUGUUCAGAAUCCACUUUAUAUGAGACGAGACCCCAGCAUCCCCACCUAUGGACUCCGACAGUCUAUCUUACUGAACACCCGGCUUCAGGACUGCUACGUGGACUCUCCAGCUCUGACCAACAUCUGGACAACCAGAACAUGUGCAAAGCAGAAUAUCGGUGCCCCCAUGCCUGGGACCACCUCUUCGUGGGAAGUUGUCAAGAACCCAUUAAUUGCCAGUUCAUUCUCCCUGGUUAAACUGGUGCUCAGGCGACAACUGAAGGAGAAAUGCUGCCCUGUAUCACGCAAGUUUAGAGACGUAAAACCCCUGAAGAGAUUAAAGCCCAAGGAGGUUUCAGUGAUGAAAGCUGUCCAGCGGGGCAGGAUCAGAAACCCCAUCAGUUCCAAGGGCAAGCGGCCAGUGGGGCAGCAGCCAGGCUCACCUAGGUGCAGGAGGCCUUCAGGAGACAUCCAUGAGAGUAAAGAAAGUUCAAAGGAGAAAAAAGUAACAGUCUGCCAAGAUCUUGAGAGCAGAUAUGCUGAACAUGUGGCUGCCACCCAAGGACUACCCCGGGACAUUGGGACAGCGUCCUGGAAGGGCCGAGCCUUGCUUCCUGAAACCAGGAAGCAACAGCCGUUGUCAGAGGACACACUGACCAUCCACGGCCUCCCCACAGAGGGCUACCGGGCUCUGUACCAUGCAGUGGUGGAGCCAAUGCUGUGGAAUCCUUCAGGGACUCCCAAGAGGUACAGCCUGGAGCUGGGCAAGGCCAUCAAACAAAAGCUCUGGGAGGCCCUGUGCAGCCAGGCUGCCAGCCCCCAGGAUCCUCAGGAGGAGCUGCUGCCGGGCAGGAAGCGGCUGGAGGCCCACGAGGAGCUUGUGCCCAAGAAAUGGGCCAAGUUAAAGCGUGAGAAACAGGAAUGGGAGCUCACGGGAUGAGGAUAUUCUCUGCUGGAUGUCUGAAAAAUAAACACCAUUUUGCAGCUUCCACAUACUCUCAGAGUGCUUUAGAAAUUAGUGACUAUGGGAGUUCCAUUGUGGCUCAGCAGGUUAAGAAUCUGACAUAGUGUCUGUGAAGAUGUGGGUUCAAUCCCUGGCCUUGC